CCCGCGCAUGCGCGUAGCGUCGAUCAACAUCCCGCUCAACCCAGCCCCGACUGGCCCCACGUCAAACACUUCCCCAAAUAUUUCCCUAAAUCCAUGAAUGAACCAACGUAAGCGGUGAUGGGGAACCAGUUCAAGAACGUGGCGGUGAUAGCCUGCCUCAAGACUUUUCUGUUCAUCUUUAACAUCGUGUUCUGGUUAUCAGGCCUCCUGCUGCUAAUAGUGGGGCUAUGGGCGGAGUUCGACCUGUACAAAUACAUGCAGCUGUCGUCCGAGUUCUCCGGCACGGCGCCGCACGCCAUGAUCGGCAUCGCCGGGCUCAUCGUACUGGUCAGCUCCGUGGCCUUCUCCUGCAUCAUCAAGGGGCAGCCAGUUCUGCUAUACAUCUACGGUGGUUUCCUGGCCUGCAUCUUCAUGAUGAACGCAGGCGUGGGCGCUUCGGUGGCAUGCUACCGAGACACCUUCUCCAAAGGACUGUACGACGGCCUCACACAGACGCUCGUCUCUAGCGACCGACACAGGAGCAACUUCGACUUGGCUCAAUCCACUCUACAUUGCUGCGGCGUGUCUAACUACACGGACUGGGUGCACGUACAGCGCUCGAUCCCCCUGUCGUGCUGCGUCAACCCCGACGAAUGUAUCACUGCCAACUACAGCCACGUGUACCAGGCGGGAUGCUACAAGGUGAUCGUGGAAUAUCUCGAAAGCAACAUGAACAUCCUGAUCGGCAUCGCUAUCGGCACUGCUCUUUUCCCUCUGGUCGGCACCGUGCUAUCCUGCUGCCUCGCGAGUUACAUCAAGAAAUCUAAGUACGACUCCAUGAACUGAGUAACACCUGGGGGGAAGCCGACGCGAAGAUUUUAAGUAUUAAUGCUCUGGUUUCUAGCUCACGGUGCACCGAAAGCCUGGCCACGAAAUGCCAAGUUGGAGUGAGACACAGUGAUCCAUCUUUUCGUUUCCCCGUGUCGUCGUGGCUGGGCCGUAAGCGUCGUAGAGAAAUCCCCAGCCUUUCUGUACAACGCAUACUCAGGUGCAGCAUGAGCGGAACCAACGCCUAACCAAUGGACUGAAUGAUUUUGAUUAUAUACUCAAUUAUUAUUAGAAUUAAAUAUUUAAUAACACAACUAAAGUUGUGGCUUUAUAUUACAACUGUCAAUACUCUUUAAAAGUUCAAAAUUAUCAUCCUAUAUUUAGGUUAGAGAAUAUUGAUGUAUAGCUUUAUGAAAGUUUAUUAUAUUAUGUUAUUAAAUUGUGCCAGC